AUGGCUGAAAGACGGUAUUGGCUGUUCAAGUCGGAACCGACCAACUACUCCUUUCAAGACUUGCUUGGCGAAGAAGACAGGACCGCCGAGUGGGACGGGGUCAGGAAUUACCAGGUCCGCAAUUUUAUGCGGGACGAAAUGAAGGUUGGUGAUGGCGUACUCUUCUACCACAGCAGCGCCAAGCCUACCGCCGUCAUGGGCACGGCCACCGUGGUCAAGGAAGCUUAUCCAGACUCUACUGCAUGGGAGCCUGGGGCCAAGUACUAUGACCCCAAGAGCAACCCCGACGACCCAACCUGGUUGAUGGUAGAUAUUCUGGCGGACCAGGAAUUCAACCGCCCGGUUACCCUGCAGGAAAUCAAGAAGAACCCCAAAUUGCAGGGCAUGAUGGUAGUCAAGCGAGGUGUGCGGAUAUCCAUCCAGCCGGUCAGCAAAGAGGACUGGGACGAGAUUAUUGCCCUGGGAAUGGAGGGGCAACCUAACUCGUAG